AUGACCUGUGAACAGAGGUGGCAUUCUCAGAAAGUUGGGGUUGGAGGAAAUUCCAUCCCCUUCUCGCUGAGGAGCUCAUCUCUGCUCCCUGGAUCGCAAGUCUCCAUCCUGGGACUGUUUCUCAUGGAGCCCCCAGCCUAUAUCUUCCUUUUCACUUGUGUCCUCCAGCUCAGCCAUACCUGGUCAGUCAAUAAUUUCCUGAUGACUGGUCCAAAGGCCUAUCUGAUCUACUCCAGCAGUGUGGCUGCUGGCGCUCAGAGUGGCAUUGAAGAAUGUAAAUACCAGUUUGCCUGGGACCGAUGGAACUGCCCGGAGAGAGCGCUCCAGCUGUCCAGUCAUGGCGGGCUACGCAGUGCCAAUCGAGAGACAGCCUUUGUACAUGCUAUCAGCUCUGCUGGGGUCAUGUACACGUUGACCCGAAACUGCAGCCUUGGGGAUUUUGACAACUGUGGAUGUGACGAUUCCCGAAAUGGGCAGCUGGGGGGCCAGGGCUGGCUAUGGGGUGGCUGCAGUGACAACGUGGGCUUUGGAGAGGCCAUCUCCAAACAAUUUGUGGAUGCACUGGAGACUGGGCAGGAUGCCCGGGCUGCCAUGAACUUACACAACAAUGAAGCUGGCCGCAAGGCGGUGAAGGCCACCAUGAAGCGCACGUGCAAAUGUCACGGCGUGUCAGGCAGCUGCACCACUCAGACGUGCUGGCUGCAGCUGCCCGAGUUUCGCGAGGUGGGCGCGCACCUCAAGGAGAAGUAUCACGCGGCGCUCAAGGUGGAGCUGCUGCAGGGCGCAGGCAACAGCGCGGCGGGACGCGGAGCCAUCGCCGACACCUUCCGCGCUAUCUCCACGCGCGAGCUCGUGCACCUGGAAGACUCGCCCGACUACUGCCUGGAGAACAAGACGCUCGGCCUGCCAGGCACUGAAGGCCGCGAGUGCCUGCGGCGCGGUCGCGCCCUGGGCCGCUGGGAGCGCCGCAGCUGCCGCCGCCUGUGCGGAGACUGCGGGCUGGCGGUGGAGCAGCGGCGCGCCGAGACCGUGACCAGCUGCAACUGCAAGUUUCACUGGUGCUGCGCCGUGCGCUGCGAGCAGUGUCGCCGCCGCGUCACCAAGUACUUCUGCAGCCGCUCGGCUGGAGAGCGGCUGCGUCCCAGGAGGCGGCCCUAGGGCAGCCCGCCCCGACCCCAUCUACCCUUCCCCCGAGGACUGCAGGGGCCCUCGGACCCGGCGGGGCGCUGCCCUCCUCACUCCAGAGCUCCGGAAGUGCCCCCAGACGCGUCCUCCGACCCCCAGCUCCCCACCCGGCCUCCUCCCGGCUGCCAGCCCGCGGAGAGGCCGGCGCAAGGCAAUCGCGUCCCUCCCCAUCUCAUCCCGUGCCCUCCGACCACCUCUGGCCCCCUGGGAAUGAGUUAAGGGUCCCAAACCUAACCCCUCACGGGGCCCCUUAGUCUGUCUCCUCCCCCAACUACAUAGAGAUCGGGAGGCCUAGCACCCGAAUGUGAGAGCACCUUCUCUUGUCCUAUAACUGCUGUGUCAUUGACCCUCCUUAAGCUAAGUGGGCUCUGGUCAGGGGCGACCGUCUUAUACACAGCCGUCCUGUCCAACUGCUGUGUGGCUACUUUGAGAUUCAUGGGACCCAGUUAAGGUCUUUCUUUGCCCUCCAGUCUCUCUACUUGCCACUCUUCUCUACUAGCUGCUGCUCACCGGCAGCAGUCCCUUUCCCUAGUAACUCCUUUUUUCCUCCAAUAAAGGUUGGAGGUGGAAGGAAUCUUCCAUGUAGUCCCUGCUCUUCCAUUCCUGAAGAGAGGCAGCCUUGGGAGGUUAGUUGGGGAGUUCGGUUUGGAUGAUUGCAACAGUUAGGUCAGAAGGGAAGCCCUGUUUGUACUCCACAGGAAAGGAAGAACAGGAGGCCCAAGGUGCCAACCCCAUGGGACAGUUGUAUCCCCCAUUAGCACCCAGAAGUGGCACCCUUCAGAGAACCAGAGAAGCCACAGAGCAUGGUUCUGACUCCAUUGGCCAUGGAGAGAUGCUAGAAGUGGAUCAGAGCCCUCCCUCAUUCCCCUGAUCCCAUCUCCCUGCCUGGAAGAGUUCAUAUAAGGUGGGUCUUCAGGUGGGACUGUUUGUUCUUUAAACUCACACCGAUGAACUCUGACCUGGACCCAGGCAGGAAGGACCAAGAACUUCUUCCUUUGUGUGACUGAGCUAUUUAAUUACAUUAUAUAUAAGAAUUGUUUUCUGGCACAAAACUCUGGCCAGUCCUACCAAGAUGGACAGGCUUUGAAUAUAAAACCAAGGAUGGACUGUGUGUCUUUUGUCCAAGAACCGACCCAACUAGGUUCAGAGAAGCUCUUCAGCAGAAGCAUGGCUAUCAUCAGAGGGUGGAUCUCAACCUUAGCAGCUGGUUAAACCAACCAUCAACUUGGGUACAGAGGGAUCAUAUGAACUACACUGAUGGAAAAUUGAGCACCCACAAGGAUGGAAGGGGAUAAAAUUGUGGCUCUCUGAAGGACUGAGGUCAAUAGAAGUUGAGCACUUUGAACUUAAUUCACUGGAAUCUGUGUCUAACAAUCGUAACCAUUUGCUGCCUUCUGUUGGAGAAUGUACUUUUUUUUUUCUCCAGGGCUGGAGAGUGAUGAUUUCCAGGAUUCCUGUUCAGGCCAUACAGCGUGGAUGCCAGCCAUCCUUCCGAAACUUCAGCCCCCUUGCCUAUGGCUGAAGCUGCCAGGUGCCUGUAACCCAUUAGCUAAUGCAAUAAAACAGUAGCCAAGAGCUUUUCCAAUGAUGAAGUUGCUCUCUAAUGUCAGUCCACAUGGC